UAAAUCACAGCCCAGGGAAACCUCCUCCAAGCCUUCAUCCAGCCACGGGCCAGCAUGUCUGGGGGCAGAUACGUAGACUCCGAGGUAGGCUCUGGCGGGGCGCCGGGCCCUGUGCGCGCGUGGAGUGCCUGCUUCUGCUAUCUCCCACUCCAAAUACUCCGACUGCUUUCCCUGCCCCAGCCCUCUCUCCACUUCGGGGCACUCCUCUCGCUUGGCACCUCUGAGGAAUGGGCCUGGGCGGGGAGGUAAAGAGAAGCCAGGAAUGUUUUAUGUUUUCCUAAUGGGGAAGGGGCCAAGGAAGCCCCUGAGCGAGAAUACGGAAAAAGGGGUCGGGGUCCUGAGGUUGGGUCGGCCGGAUUGAGGACACGUUUUCUGGACAGGUUAGGGUGCUCUCUUGUCGCGGGACCCCCAGGUCCGGCCCCUGUCUACUGGGAGGUGGGGAGCUGGGGCGCAGGGUGGGGGGUCAUUUACCCGCAGUCCUGGGGACAGUCCGCGCCGAGUCCCGGCCAGGCGUCUGGACCCGCUGGCCCGGCUGGUGGCGCGCGCUGUGUUUGCACUUUCCAAAGUUCUUGAGCGGUCUCAAGAACUCUUCCUGCAUCUCGGCGUCUGGCAGCGGUGUUCCCCUCAUCCAACUGCCACCACCACUUCCAACCACCUCUCCGCGCUCGAGCCCCGCCAGGGUGUGGAGACCACGUCUUCCCACACGCAGCCGCCCUUCUGCCACCGCCGGCAGCCUGGGAGUGACCCGAGGGUGGGUCGGGGGAGUUGUGCAGGGACAUCUCUACACCGUUCCCAUCCGGGAACAGGGCAACAUCUACAAGCCCAACAACAAGGCCAUGGCAGACGAGGUGAGCGAGAAGCAGCAAGUCUACGACGCGCACACCAAGGAGAUCGACCUGGUCAACCGCGACCCCAAGCAUCUCAACGACGACGUGGUCAAGAUUGACUUUGAAGAUGUGAUUGCGGAACCAGAAGGGACACACAGUUUUGACGGCAUUUGGAAGGCCAGCUUCACCACCUUCACUGUGACGAAAUACUGGUUUUACCGCUUGCUGUCUGCGCUCUUUGGCAUCCCGAUGGCACUCAUCUGGGGCAUUUACUUCGCCAUUCUCUCCUUCCUGCACAUCUGGGCAGUUGUACCGUGCAUUAAGAGCUUCCUGAUUGAGAUUCAGUGCAUCAGCCGCGUCUAUUCCAUCUACGUGCACACCUUCUGCGACCCGCUCUUUGAAGCUAUCGGCAAAGUAUUCAGCAAUAUCCGCAUCAACAUGCAGAAAGAAAUAUAAGUGACAUUUGAAGGAGAGAAGUAUACCUGAUUCUUUUUUUUAUUCUUUUAAUUUUCUUGGUGCCGAUUUCAAGUUUCAAGUUGCUGGUACAGCAACAAUUUAUGAAUGAAUUAUCUUGGUUGGGAACAAAGAAAUCACUUUCUCAGUUUUCAGAGUUAUUAUUUGUCUCUUGAGCUAUUUCAUCUGUGUUUUUGGCAGUCUGAAUUUUUAAACCCAUUUAAAUUUUUUUCUUACCUUUUUAUUUGCGUGCGGAUCAAUCAUCGUUUUAUCGGCUCAGAUAUGACCAUAUUAUCGAAAGAUAAUUUGAGAGAAAUAUGAAGAACUGAAGAGGAAAAAAAUAAGAACCAACAGCCUCAACUGCCUCCUCUAAAAUGUUGGUCACUCCGUGGUAAGGGAAGAAUUCCAGGCUAUGGCCAUUGAGAGCACGCGUAUGCGGGCAGAUUGUAAGCAAACUCCUGUCCCACCAUCUGAGGAGUUAGUGGAUCACUGCCAUUCAUUUUAAUAAUCCAGUGGGAUCGAGUGAUCCUUACAAGUUAGAAAACAUAAUCUUCUGCAGUUUCAUGAUCUGGCUAUUGCCUUAUUCUUUUUGAAAUUUCAACCUAUGAUACUUUCUGUGCUUGAAUAGUUGUCAUACAGAUAAUGAGACUUAAGUGCCUUCCUGUUUUUCACAUUUUCCUUUUCAAGUCGGGCCUAACUCAUCCACUUUCCUUAGGUCAGCAGCCUCCCUGAAGACCCAAAUCAGAAAAUCCACGACCUGCUUUUCCAUACUUGUUUCUGACUCUGAGUUAGAGUCUGGGGACUCUCAUGUCUGCACCUGAUCAUGCCGCAUCUUUAUCCAUAGCGAGUAUGGUUGACAUUAGCCCGAUAAAAUGAGUUAACAUCGACGAAUGGGCUGAGCCCUCUCUGGGCUGGCAGGAGUGGAAGCCAACUCUCCCUGCCUCUCAUCAGCUCAAUGAGGUCAGCAUGCCUAUUCAGCUUCGUUUAUUUUCAAGAAUAAUCACGCUUUCCUGAAUCCAAACUAAUCCAUCACCAGUGUGGUUUAAUGGCUCAACAUUGUGUUCCCUUUUCAGCUGAUCAGCGGGCCUCUGGGAAAUGGCUGUCAAAAUGGAGGCCAUUGUGUGAGACUGUCAGAGUUGCUGCAAACAUGACCCUUCUGAGCAAAGCACUCACAACUGUCCGUUAUGCUGUGACACGAGGCCCCUCCCCCGGCCAGGAGCUUUGGACCUAAUCCAAGCAUCACUUUGCUCAGAAAGAAGUUGGGGGAGGAGGCAGUCAUAAAAGAGUGAAGUAAUUUGCUGGAAUAAGUUCAAAUUCUUCUGAACUCAAACUGAGGAAUUUCACCUGUAAACCUGAGUCAUACAGAAAGCUGCCUGGUACAUCCAAAAGCUUUUUAUUCUUUCUGCUCAUAUUGUGAUUCUGCCAUGGGCGUUAAACCUUCAGUUAUGCUUUUAUUUUUAUUUCCCUACGCUUAUUGGAACUCUGCUUGACUUUUGCCUCUUUUAGUUUUCCUGACAUUCUAAUUACCAACCUGUUACCUACUUUGAUAUUCUGCAUUUAAAACAGACACUGGCAUGGACAUAGUUUUUCUUUUAAACUGUGUACAUAACUAAAAUGUGCUAUACUGCAUACUUCUUAAGUGUAAAGAUAUUUUAUCUUUAUAUGAGGAAACUCACUUGGGAAAUGGCUUUGUAAUUCAAUCCGUAAAACUGUGUGUUCCAAGACAUGUCUGUUCUACAUAGAUGCUUAGUCCCUCAUGCAAACCAAUUACUGGUCCAAAAGAUUGCUGAAAUUUUAUAUGCCGGCUGAUAUAUUUUACACUUUUUUUAUGCUGCAUGUCUUCUAAAGGUUACAAAUCUGCACAAUAAAAAUCUUUAACAGUUAA